UUAUUGUCUUUACUGAUGCCUGACUCGAGCGAGCAGUCGCAUUUUGGUGGCUCUCUGGGCCAGCAGGUCGCUGCGUGGAGCGAGGGCCAGAACGACAGGCCGGCAAGUCGUUGUUUCUACUGCGGUACCAUCUCGGGGCAAAGGAGUUCUCUGCUGCUGGGUGGUAGAGACAGCACCACUGGUUUUCUUCAUCAGCUAGACCUGGCUGAGAAACAUCAUCAAGGCCUGCAUGGACAGCAGCUCCUGAGGAAGGGCUCUGUUCCUGAUCUGAGCGGUAACCUCUACCUGAGGCAGGCCAUGGCAGGCCGGACCUCGGUACCAGCUCAGGAUUACUACCUGGCUGACGCUUCCUUAUCUGGUCAGCCACCUGAAGAGUCUGGGUUUUACAGGGAUAACCAGCACUCACUCACCAGAUCAGCCUCGCAUUAUGGAGGGGUGAGGCCUGCGUGGGAUCAAGGACAGGCAAGGGCCACACCUUCUAUAUUGGCCUCUGCUUCUGCACCUACAUCCGUGCCUCCUCCUCCUCUCCCUCCUCCCCCGCCACCUCCACCCCCUCCUCUUCACGAGCUGAGCCGUUUGUACCGGGAAGCUCUGGGAUCUAAGAUGAUCCCAGACGUCCAGCAUAUUGGCGGCAGCUCUUUUGCUCCGGCCGCUAUCUACGGGGUCCAGCCCCCUCUUCCCAUUUACGCCGCUGAACUGCCGUCUCUGCCUGCACAUCAGGUUUAUAACAGCAUCACCAGCUUGCCCCUGGAACCUCGCCACCCAACUGGCACCAGCUCAGUGGUGGACCCAGUAUCUCAAGUGAUGGACGGAGCUCUCCCACGGGCCUACGGAGCUGUGGCCUCCCAGAGGCUGCCCUAUGACCCUAACUAUGACCCUGCCUCAGUCAUGGUGGCGGCCACAGCUGGAAUGCCUUCCAGCCUGCCUCCAGUCCAUCCCAGCUCUGCAGACCCCAAGAAGAUGGUAGACCCUACCUUUUUGGCUUUCCUGCGAGCCGAAGGCUUGGCUGAGAGCACCAUCACUCUGCUGCUUCAACACGGCUUUGAUUCCACGGCCACGCUGACGAUGAUGGAGGAUAAUGAUAUUCGGUCUGUGGCCCCGAACUUGGCCCAAGCUCGUGUUUUGUCCCGCCUGGUGAUGGGAUGUAAAACAGGCGGUGCUGCGACACGUACCCGGUCUAACAGCUUUAGCCAUCGCAAUGACCUCUAUAUCCAGCCCCAGGGGCUGACUAUGGACACCAGUCUGAUGCAGCAACCCUCCACCACUAUUCAGACCGUAUCGCCGAGAAUGGGGGAGUUUCUCGGCCGAAGGCCAAGCAGUGCUCCUUCUCAGCAUCUCCUCGAGACCACCACCUACCCCGGGGCAAGGCCACUGGCAACUGGAGCUUUCCCAGUUAGCCCUGGAGGAUACAACAAUGUAGUGCCUCAGGGAAGACCUCUCUAUAUGUACAAUCCCCACACCGGUCUUGCCAUGUCUGCGCUUGGACAGCAACCCCCACCAGCUUCUGGCACUCCCGGAACGGCGCCCAAAACCUUCUCUGGCUCCUAUUCCCCCAUGGAGCUGAUGAAGCGAGCCCCAAACCUUCCCCCGGCUUCCCCCGUUGCAGCAGCGAGCCCCCUCCACAGCCCACAGCUUCUCCGGAAAGGGAUCAGUGCUGCUCCUGAGAGCACCAUCGUUCCUUCUACCUCCAACACCACUCUCCACGGGCAAACCACCACCAACAACAAGCUGGUUGGACGUCGCACCGGUCCGCCUGUUAUAGUCUCAACCAUGGCCACCGCACCCGAUACAAGUAUUCGGCCCCAAAUCAUGAACGGGCCUAUGCAUCCGCGCCCGCUGGUGGCACUGCUGGAUGGACGCGACUGCACCGUGGAGAUGCCCAUCCUGAAAGACUUAGCAACCGUCGCCUUCUGCGAUGCCCAGUCGACACAGGAGAUCCACGAGAAGGUGCUAAAUGAGGCAGUGGGAGCCAUGAUGUACCACACCAUCACCUUGACCAGAGAGGACCUGGAGAAGUUCAAAGCCCUACGCAUCAUCAUCCGCAUCGGCAGCGGAUAUGACAACAUCGACAUCAAGGCGGCUGGAGAGCUAGGUAUCGCUGUGUGCAACAUUCCCUCUGCAGCCGUGGAGGAGACGGCCGAUUCCACCAUUUGUCACAUCCUGAACCUCUACAGGCGGAACACCUGGCUCUAUCAAGCUCUCCGGGAGGGCACGAGGGUCCAGAGCGUGGAACAGAUCCGCGAGGUGGCCUCCGGUGCCGCCCGCAUCCGUGGCGAAACCCUCGGCCUCAUCGGAUUUGGUCGUUCGGGUCAGGCGGUGGCCGUGCGGGCUAAGGUCUUCGGCUUCAACGUCAUCUUCUACGACCCGUACCUGCAGGACGGACUGGAGCGCUCGCUGGGCGUGCAGCGCGUCUACACCCUGCAGGACCUGCUCUACCAGAGCGACUGCGUCUCCCUGCACUGCAACCUGAACGAGCACAACCACCAUCUCAUCAACGACUUCACCAUCAAACAGAUGCGUCAGGGCGCGUUCCUGGUCAACACAGCGCGGGGAGGCCUGGUGGACGAGAAAGCUCUGGCCCAGGCGCUGAAGGAGGGCAGGAUACGGGGAGCCGCCCUGGACGUCCAUGAAACUGAGCCCUUCGCUUUUGCACAGGGCCCUCUGAAAGACGCGCCAAACCUGAUCUGCACGCCUCACACAGCCUGGUACAGUGAGCAGUCUUCUCUGGAAAUGAGGGAGGCGGCUGCCACUGAAAUCCGAAGAGCCAUCACAGGACGAAUCCCUGAUAGUCUACGAAACUGUGUGAACAAGGAGUUUUUCGUUACCACGGCACCCUGGGGAGUUAUGGAGCAACCAGGCGUUCACCCUGAGCUCAACGGCGCUGCCUACAGAUAUCCGCCGGGUGUUGUUGGAGUGGCUCCAGGCGGCCUCCCGGGGGCGUUAGAGGGCAUGGUGCCCGGUGGGGUCCCCAUCGCCCACACUCUGCCCUCUGGUACACAUCCUUCCCAGGCCCCGUCACCAAACCAGCCCUCCAAACACGGCGAGACCAGAGAGCACCUCACCGAGCAAUAGCAGCCGAAGGGAUCCGAGCAGCGAACAUCUCAUCUGACGACGCUCAGAAAAAAACAAAACAAAACCGAUCACGAAGUAAACCGACCAACCUGGGGACCAA